AGCCCUGUCAGAUGGUGUGGCAUGCCCGCUAGAGCAUAUUAUUUGCAUUUUAUUUAUUAAUACAUUUAAUUAAUCUGAACGCAGAACGCUCGGAACUGCAUAAUAGAGGAGACGUGAAUAGAGAGCAGCGCAUUCAUUUAACUCACACAUAUAAUAUAAUAAUUGCUUGUACGGACCAUGAAAACAACUAAUAUCGGAUUGUACGCAUUUCGUUUAACCUUCGGACAGGCACCGCCGCUCUCCGCACAGGCCACGGCGCACAGCAGUCAUGCGUUCACCACCAGCUCCUCGUCGCCGAACCGUGUGGUGACCCGUUCGGCCACAAUGUUGGCCCUGUUCGGCAUUGCGCUCUCCUCGUUCAGCCUGAAGCAGCUGCUGGCCAAGAAGCACAACAAACACAAUGCGCUGCGCAAGCUCUAAGCCAAAGUACGGAAGCACGGAUAGAGAGAUCAGUUGCAAGGCGGCCAUGUCCUGAGCGUCCGAGGCGUUACACAUACCCAACUCAGUUCCCAUGCUCAUAUUUAGUGUAUAUUUCUUUAAGUUAAGUCAUCAGCCAUACACAAAACACACACGCAGAGUGAAGAGAGAGAGGGGGGGGAGAGAAGGCAGCGACAUGGCCAAAUAGAGCAAAAACAUUAUGCAUUGGAAGUCAGUCACACAUUAUAUAUUAUAUAUUUUUUGAGUUGCACCGAUUAGUAUAUGUAUGUAUAUAUAUAUAUAUAUAUAUAUAUUUUCUUGUUCGCACACACACACACACACACACACAGAGAGAGAGAGAAGCUUGCAACGGUUGCGCAAUGCUAACAAAAAUUUGAAUAAAACUUGUGAUAGUUAAUUAUCUACUAAUGA